UGAUAACGUAGCUUGCGACGAAGAGACGAAUAGUGGACGGCCCAUUUCCUGGGACUUUGCUGUGCUAGUAUCGGGUCGUGCGAUUGCGGUAGAAGGUGAUCCAGGCCAUUUGAAGGACAGGAGGAUUCACAUUGGGCCUUCAGCCUUUCCCGCCACGCUCGAUGCGCCCGAGAUUCUCUGGGGCUUGAACCGACUGGGAAGCGCUCGAGAAGGAUUGUGGAAAGGUGAUAGACAGACUUGCUAGCACUACGAAUUCUGUGGGACUUGCAGACUCGACGUAUUCAAGAUGAGCGACCUCGACAGAGCCAUUGCGCAGCUUCGAGCAUGCAGACCUAUACCAGAAGCACAGGUCCGGGAAUUGUGCCACAAGGCGCGAGAGCUGUUGAUCGAGGAGGGGAAUGUGGUGACUGUGACGGCACCAGUGACGAUAUGCGGUGAUAUUCAUGGACAAUUUCAUGACCUUAUGGAGUUAUUUCGCGUGGGCGGCGAUGUGCCAGAUACCAAUUAUCUGUUCAUGGGCGAUUUCGUCGACCGAGGCUUCUACUCUCUCGAAUCCUUCCUUCUCCUUUUAUGCCUCAAAGUACGAUACCCGGACCGAAUGACCUUAAUACGAGGCAACCACGAGUCAAGACAAAUCACAACAGUUUACGGCUUCUACGAUGAAUGUCUACGGAAAUAUGGAAGUGCAAAUGUAUGGAGAUAUUGCUGCGAAGUCUUUGAUUAUCUAGCUCUCGGUGCUAUUGUACUCGGUGCCUCAAGUACACUGGAGCCGUCAAAACAGAAAGUAACUGCUCCCUCGAGCAGCCUCACAUCAACACAAGAAUACCUCGACCCAGAUAUCGAGAUCGAGGUAUUGAGUUCUGAUGGAGGGAUUGUAAAGAGAUUCCCACGACAGAAGACAGUGAAGACUGUAGGCGGUGCGAAGGGAUCAUCACCAGCGAAGACGGGGGCACCAGGAACUGGAGCAUCGGGAUCUAGCGGAGGUAGCGUCGGAAAUCCAGGAGGAGCAGUACUCUGCGUCCACGGCGGCUUAUCACCCCUCAUCGACACAGUAGACAAGAUCCGGUUACUAGACCGAAAGCAAGAAGUACCCCACGAAGGAGCAAUGUGUGAUCUGCUCUGGUCAGAUCCCGACGAAAUCGACGGCUGGGGUCUGUCUCCUCGAGGGGCAGGAUUCCUUUUCGGCGCCGACAUCGUCAAAGUCUUCAACCACGCCAAUGACCUAUCAUUGAUAGCACGGGCACAUCAACUGGUCAUGGAAGGAUUCAAGGAGAUGUUCGACGCGAGCAUCGUGACAGUUUGGUCAGCGCCAAACUACUGCUACAGAUGCGGUAACGUCGCCGCCAUUCUCGAGCUCGGCGAAGAUGGAAGCGGUGAGGGCAUCAUCUCGCGAAGUAAUGGGGAGGUGAACAGAAGCGAUGGUGGUAUAACCGGGCUCUUGAAGGAGAAGGAGAAAGUUCUUCUGAGUGGUCCUGCGAGGCGGUAUAGGGUGUUCCAGGCGGCGCCACAGGACUCGAGAGGCAUGCCGGCAAAGAAGCCUCAGGUCGAAUAUUUCCUAUAGUGCAAUAGCUAGUGUAAAUUAUCGUUUGAUAUACACGAAUGAGCUACUAGCACCUUUAAGCAUACCCAGCAAUGCUCGAAUGGACACCGUCUAAUCGUACUUGUCAAAGCAUCCCCCAGCAAAUCCUCCCUCACAAUCACUCAAACUCAUCAUUAUCCUCACCAUAAUGGCACUUGUCAGAGCAAUCCAUAGCAAUUGCGGGUUUACUUUUUGUAGUUGCUUUACGAGGCUAUGUUACAGGUGGUUGGAAGAAAUGGCUUUACGGCUGGAUCGCAAGAAACGAGAUGGCGUUGUGGUGCUUCCUAUAGAGUUUGUAAAAUAUCAUGGAUACGGAAGUUCCUG